AGCGGGCGGCGGGCUACAAUGUAGCGAGCGGAGGAAGCGGCGCGUCCGGGCCAGCCGACCGGGCCGGGCCGGGCCCUCCCCCUCCCUCCAUGGGCGCGCAGCAGGUUGGACGGCUAUGGAAUAUGAUGAGAAGUUGGCCCGUUUCCGGCAGGGCCACCUCAACCCGUUUGACCAGGCCCCGCGGCAGAGUCGCCAGGAGCAGAAGACAGCCGGGGCCGGAGAGGGCUUCCCCCAGAAAGACGUGAAUCUGGGAUUGUCUCCGGAGGAGCCGGGGUUCCCUUGUUCAGAGCGCGCCAUGGACCUAGGCUUGGCCGAGGACCACUUCUCGCGCCCAGUGGGCCUCUUCCUGGCCUCGGACGUGGAGCAGCUGCGGCAGGCCAUCGAAGAGUGGAAGCAGCGGAUCCUGGAGCUGCCAGAGAACUCCGAGAAGCAGAAGGAUGCCGUGGUGCGGCUCAUCCACCUGCGGCUGCGGCUCCAGGAGCUGAAGGACCCCAGUGAGGAUGAGCCCAAUAUCCGGGUGAUCCUGGAGCAUCGCUUCUACAAGGAGAAGAGCAAGGGAGUAAAGCAGACCUGCGACAAGUGCAGCACCAUCAUCUGGGGGCUGCUCCAGACCUGGUACACCUGCACAGGCUGCUCCUAUCGCUGCCACAGCAAGUGCCUGGACCUCAUCACCAAGCCAUGCGUGCGCUCCAAGGUCAGCCACCAGGCCGAGUACGAGCUGAGCAUUUGCCCGGAGACGGGCCUGGACAGCCAGGACUACCGUUGUGCCGAGUGCCGGGCACCCAUCUCCCUCCGUGGGAUCCCAGGGGAGGCUCGGCAGUGUGACUACACAGGCCUCUAUUACUGCAGCAGCUGCCACUGGAACGACCAAGCUGUCAUCCCCGCCAGGGUCAUCCACAACUGGGACUUCGAGCCACGCAAGGUCUCUCGGUGUAGCAUGCGCUACUUGGUGCUGAUGGUGUCCCGGCCAGUCCUCAAAUUGCGGGAGACCAACCCUCUUCUCUUCAAUUACGUUGAGGAGCUGGUGGAGAUCCGGAAGCUGCGUCAGGACAUCCUGCUCAUGAAGCCCUACUUCAUCACCUGCAAGGAGGCCAUGGAAGCCCGGCUGCUGCUCCAGCUGCAGGACCGGCAGCACUUUGUGGAGAACGAUGAAAUGUACUCCCUGCAAGACCUGAUGGAUAUCAACGCCGGGCGGCUCAGCUGCUCCCUGACGGAGAUUCACACGCUCUUUGCCAAGCACAUCAAACUGGACUGCGAGCGGUGCCAAGCAAAGGGCUUUGUGUGUGAGCUCUGCAAGGAGGGAGAUGUACUCUUCCCCUUUGACAGCCACACCUCAAUGUGCACGGACUGUUCAGCCGUCUUCCACAGGGACUGCUUCUACGACAACUCCACAACAUGCCCCAAAUGCGCUCGACUCAGUCUCAGAAAAGAGUCCUUGCUCAGGGAGCACAAUAUGGAGCUGCAAGCCUAAGUGUGGCUUCUCUGAAAUGGAGGGGACCAGAGCAAAACCAUGGAGUUCCCAGCUUGCCUGUGAUUUCCUUGUCCUUCUUGAAGGGAAGCAGCUCAGACUGGUGAGGAAAGAAGCCUGCCAGAGGAGGGUGAGAUGGGAAUACCAUGCCCAAGCUGGAGAAGGAUGCUGCCCCUCCACCUAUGGACGGUUGUUGAGGUUCUCCUUGAGUUUCUGAGUCUGAGGCUCUCCCUGAGGGAGUUUCAUCCUGUCUGCAACUGGCGGAGCUGGAGAAGUGGCUGCCAGAGGAGUUGAUGGAAAAUGGUGGCCACCUCUCCUCAGUUACUGGGUAAUAUCAACCCUGCUUGGCUGGCACAGAGUCCAGCUAUUCUGGCUUCCUUACAGACUAUGAUAGUUCAGCAAAGACAAUGGUUGCAGCUGGGCAGGCAUUUGAAAAGUUGUUCCUUUGACCUGGAGGCAUUUGUCUUGGAGAUGGAGAGAAGGAGGCUUGGUCUUCUUUUCCUAUCCCCUUAGCCAAGAUAAUGACAAUUGCCAGGACUGGAUGAAUUAUAUAAUAGUCUCUGCCAGCCAUGAAAAGAGACUAUGGGACUCUUUAUACCACAGUAAUUUAUCACAAGCACUAAAAUCACUUUAAAUAAAGCUAAGCAUAAAUAUUGAA